AUUCUUUUCUUCCUAUUUUCCCUUAAUUCAACCAUGGCAUCACCAGCCGGAGGAUCCGAGCUUUUUGCAAGUUAUGAGCAAGACUUUAAAUCAGUAUGCGACAGUAUCAAGUCGAAAAUUGAAGAUCAAAUACCCAAUCAGCAAGGAGAAACUAGAAAAGCAACUGUCCGUGCUGUUGAACGAGAAUUAGAAGAAGCCGAUGAGAUUCUUGGACAAAUGGAAAUGGAGAUUUUGAAUAUCCCAACUACGACUCGCACUCGGUUACAGGCCACGCUGCGUCUGUACAAGUCGGAAAACGAGAAAAUGAAGAGGGAUUUGCGACGUGCCACCGCCGUAAUUCCAAAGAAUAACGAUCGCCAAGAAUUGUUUGGAGACUUGGAAGAGAACAGUAUCAGUGAUUACGAUGCUUCAAGCAACGAUCAGCGUCAACGACUAUUAAGUGGUACAGAACGAUUGGGACAAUCGAGCCGACGCUUGGAAGACAGUCAUCGAUUAGCUUUGGAAACGGAAGGCAUCGGUAUCAAUAUCUUGGGCACAUUAAGAGGACAACGAGACACCAUGAUGCGUGCAAGAGAUACGUUGGCUGAAGCCGAUUCCUACAUUGAUAAAGCCUCCAAAACGCUGAAAGGCAUGGCAAGACGGUAAGCUUACUUCCUUUAUCUUUGAAAUACAAUUGACCAUUGUGUGACGGAAAGAACCCCCCUUUUUUUCUCAUUGUGCGUUAUUUUAUUCUUUUUUUUUUCAGUAUGGCCACCAACAAGAUGAUU